AUGCUCUGCAUUUCAGACUUUUUAGUGUCUGCUGCUGUUGCUGAAUUCAAAGGUCCAGAUAUUUUUGGUGUUGUUCGCUUCGCUCAAGUGAACAUGGAACUGGUUAGGAUUGAAGCCAACUUCAGUGGAUUAUCACCUGGUAAAAAUGGUUGGUCUAUCAAUGAGUUCGGUGAUCUAACAAAGGGAGCAGCAAGCACUGGAAAAGUGUUUAAUCCAACCAAUCAAGGAACUGAACUAGAGGAUAUUGAUAACUUCACACGUCGCCUGGGAUUUGUGCCGCUUGGCGACCUGGGAACAUUAGAUGUCAAUGAGAAAGGAGAUGCCUUCUUUUCGGGCACCAAACAGAAGCUAAGAGUUGCAGAUCUGAUUGGGAGAUCACUAGUGGUAUAUGGAACUGAAGAUAAAUCGGACAAAGGUCUCAGAGCAGCAGUAAUUGCUAGAAGUGCAGGAGUUGGUGAAAAUUACAAAAAGAUUUGCACAUGUGAUGGGACGACCAUAUGGGAUUCGAGUAAUAACGAUUUUGUUGCCAGGUUUGGGUUUAGAACCUUGUUAAUGGACCCUUCUAAUGUUUAUGAAGCUGGAGUCGGUAGCAUCUGUGAUAUUGGAUGGGCGUGCAUGCUUGCAGGGCUUCAGGGUCUGGCUAAUGGCGUAGAUAGGGAGCGCUUUCAAAUUCUGAACAAGGUUCCUUGUUUUGGGGCUUGCCUUAAAUAA